AUGCCGCCGCCUCUCCAGGCCCACCGCAUGCUCCUCUCCCACCGCCGCACAUCCCCUAUCCCCCGCCGCCGCUUCACCGCGGUCUCUUCCCUCUCCUCCGCCCCCGCCAAGACCCUGGCCCCGGGCCAGCCCGCCUCCUCCAUCCUCUCCAUCCGCGAGUCGCUCCUGUCCGGCGAGAGGACCGCCGCCGACAUCACCUCCGAGUACCUCUCCCGCCUCCGCCGCACCGAGCCGAGCCUGCGCAGCUUCAUCCACGUGGCCGACGCCGCCGCCGAGCGGGAGGCCGAGGAGCUCGACCGGAGGAUUUCCUCCGGCGGGCGGGAUGCGGUGGGGCCGCUCGCCGGGGUGCUCGUGGGCGUCAAGGACAACAUCUGCACCGCCAGCAUGCCAUCCACCGGCGGGUCGCGGAUACUGGACGGGUUCCAGCCCGCGUACGACGCCACGGCCGUGCGGCGGCUGCGCGAGGCGGGCGCCAUUGUGGUGGGGAAGACUAACCUCGACGAGUUCGGCAUGGGGAGCACCACCGAGGGCUCUGGGUUUCAGGUGACAACAAACCCUUGGGAUGAUUCGCGCGUGCCUGGCGGAUCCUCAGGUGGUUCUGCUUCUGCGGUUUCUGCUAGACAGUGUGUGGUGUCCUUAGGGAGUGAUACAGGUGGAAGUGUGAGGCAACCGGCAUCGUUUUGUGGUGUGGUAGGGUUAAAGCCAACUUAUGGCCGGGUAUCUCGUUUCGGCCUCAUGGCUUAUGCUUCAUCACUGGAUGUUGUGGGAUGCUUUGGAUCAUCAGUUUUUGACACUGCAACCAUAUUGUCCGUCAUUGCUGGCCAUGACAAAAUGGAUUCAACCAGUAGCUCUCAUGAUGUUCCAGACUAUAGAUCAGACUUGGCAUCUCUAAGUUUACUAGAAUCAAAACCAUUAAAUAGUGUGAGAAUUGGGAUUAUCCAAGAAACUCUUGGAGAGGGUGUGGAUGCUGGAGUCAUAUCAUCAAUCAGGGCUGCUGCUUCACAUCUGGAACAGCUGGGAUCAGUAGUGGAAGAGGUUUCUAUGCCUUCAUUUUCUCUUGGCUUACCAGCAUAUUACAUACUGGCCUCUUCUGAAGCUUCAUCUAAUUUGUCACGCUAUGAUGGCAUCAGGUAUGGGCAGCAGGUUUCAGCUGACGACUUGAAUGAGCUGUACGGAAAUUCCCGGGCUAAUGGUCUCGGUCAUGAGGUCAAAAUGAGAAUUUUGAUGGGAACUUAUGCAUUAUCUGCUGGAUACUAUGAUGCAUACUACAAGCGAGCACAACAGGUGAGGACGCUGGUUAAGAAAAGCUUCGAAGAAGCUUUGGGAAAAUAUGAUAUUCUUAUUUCACCUGCUGCUCCAUCAGCAGCCUACAAGAUAGGCGAAAAGACAAAUGAUCCAUUAGCUAUGUACGCCGGAGACAUCAUGACGGUGAAUGUUAACAUGGCUGGGCUUCCUGCAUUGGUUGUGCCUUGUGGAUUCGUCCAAGGUGGAUCUGCUGGUCUCCCAGUCGGACUUCAGAUGAUUGGAUCUCCCUUCAGUGAGGGGAAAUUGCUGGAAGUAGGCCACAUCUUCGAGCAAACGCUGCAGGAUCUCAGCUUUGUCCCACCACUGGUGGCAGAUAACUAG